AUGAUCUCAAAUGCUUUCCGUCAAGAAGAACCAGCCUCAAGUGAGGAAGGUUCCGUUGAAACCUAUUUUAAUCAAAGAUUUAAACCUGUCGUUGGUGCAAAAUUUCUGGAUUGGGAUUUGAUUAAGCUUAAUGGAUCAUUAGGUAUGAGUUGUUUAUUUCGAUCAGUUAUUUUCGUUAAUUUAUUGGAUGAAGCAAACAUUAACAUCAAAAAUACAUCGGAGGACUCUAUCAUUUGGGAGUAUUCCAAUCAAGUUCACAUUACCAAUAACUUUCCAGAAAUAGAGGAAUGUGUGAAGAACGUUAUUCGUAAUUUGAACGUUGGAAGUUUUACAAAAUGCAAGCCUCAUCUCUCGGUUCAUGGAUAUGCCGGAACAGGAAAAACGAUUCUGGCAGCAACAAUCCUUCCCUAUUUCCUUUCUUUAGAAUUAAUACGUACUAAAAAUUUGUACAAUAAGUUUAAUGUGAUUUAUAUUGACAUGCUCGACAAACCAAAAGACAUUUCGUUUUCUCUCUUCAUAGCUCAAAAAGUGACACAAAAUUUUGAGCUGACGGAAAAAGAUGUCAAGUUCACAUGUCAGGUGGAAAAACUCUUUCAGUCAUACCUUUCUGAAGACGAAUCCCGUUUCACUUUCGUGGUUUGUGAUGACAUUCAAAGUUUGAAUCCAAACGACCUUUACUUGCUAAAAAAGUUUUUGAAAUCAAGAAACCUUCCUAGAAACAUCUUGAGCAUAUGGACUGGUUCAACUCAAAUUCAGCUUUUCAAAAUUUUGGAGAAAGUACCAUCCAAUGGAUUUUCUUGCUAUGACGAUAAUUUCGUGUACACUAUUCCAACAACGUUCAAACAAAAGGCUGUUAGAGAUACGAUAACUUUUGUGAACUAUCUUUAUAAGGAUUUCGUUUUACAAGGAAAAGAAACUUUUAACACCAUAUACGCCUUCAUUGGAGUGUUACACUUCAGUUAUGUUCGGCAAAUUGGAAAUGCAAUGGCAUGCCAUAACCUGAAAUUAUAUGAAGCAGUUGAACAACUGAUCUUCAAGUUAUUCAAAAUUUAUGAUAGAGAUUUAAAAGAAACCAUCAACGAAGCGUCAGAAGAAGAUCUUCAACGCCUUCUCAUUUGUUCCUCUCAAAGUUUAGAACCGUUGUUACAACUAUGUAACAUUUCUUUUUCGUUCUUCCUAUAUGAAACCACCCUUAGAGACAUUUUGAUAAAAAAGUAUGUGUACAUGUAUCUUCAAAAGCGGAAAGGAGAUUUGAAGAUUGAGAAAAAUGGGCAAUUCCAUUAUCAAUUAAUGCUUCCCUAUAUAAUUCUGGGUGAAAAUAUCAGACAAGGUCAGAAUGACGAAGCUGUGAGUUAUUUGCAACAAGUGACUGUCCAUCAUCAGCUCUUUGGUAGAGAAUUAGAAAAGAAUUUUUCCAAAGCCAUCAAAGUAAUUGGUAAUCAAGACGCAUUGGGUUACAUGUGGAAAUCUCUGAUUGGAAUUUCCAACAUUUUAAGUCAUGAUCAUGAACAAGCGGCAUGUGUUAAAGAUCUUGUAGUUACGUAUUGGUUCAACAAUGACCCACUGUUGUUCUUGAAAACAACGGGCGACCUGCUUUCAUACUUUUGA